AUGGACCCCGAUGAUCCUCCCAUCGUGGCGAGAGACAAUGCGACAAACUUGCCUGUGGAAGAUGGCAGCUACAACGACCGAUCGAUGGACAUGUCCUUCGACUUCGACAGCCGUGGUGAUGAUGGGGACCACACCAGCGACGACGAAGAUCGUAUCGCCAGCAACAACAAUCAAAUAGCUCCGAAUAUCCAAGAGGAACUGGGUCCUGAGGAAAUAGCAUUACGGGCAUUGCAGGCAUCAUCACCGGGCCUAGACGGCCUCGAGCCCAACGUUCGGAAAGAGGAACACGAGGCUGAACAAGAUGCGGCGGAUGUGGUGAUGGGCUCGACAGACCAAGUAGAGCUUGGUACUGAGAUCUUGGAUACCGACGACAACGCAGCUCCAUCGAUGUACGGCUCACUACAGCCUGCCCGUACGGACGAGCCCCAAGCCACAGGGCCGGCGCCGCGCAAGACCCAGGAGCAACCUCUGUCACAAAACGUCGAAGUUCUCUUACAGUCAAUAUCGCCGUCGAGGAGACACGAGUAUGUUGAGGUGGUCAGUGACAUUGUCGACUUUGUGAAGGGAGAGAACUACAACUCUGCUGGCCUGGCGGGCUUUGCUGUCGAGUUCACAGAUGGCAGAGAGGAGCUGAACGGCCCAAUGGCUCUACAGCGCUUCUAUACACCUUCGAAUGAAGUUCUCGGGAAACGCAAGCGCCUCGACGGGGAUGAUUUUUUGCCAGGAGACCGCUUUUCUUCCCCCGAAAGCUUGGUUGACGACCUCGACGACGACGAACAGCAUCGGCGGGCCUCCAGACCAAUGCGCAGCUCGCGCGUCACUACUCACUAUGACUUUGAUAACCACUCACUAGCAGAUCUGGAGAACGGUGAAGACGAAGACAUUGUCAUGCAAGCUCCGCGCCGAAGUACUCGUGAGAGGCGGCGCCCCCCGAUAGCACCGGCACCCCCUCCCGAGGACAUGGACGAAUUGCAACAGUCUGGCGACGAUCGGGACCAUAUUCCUUUCAUCACCUCCGAUGUCUCAGUCUUCAAGCCUGGGCAGAAGGGCAGAUACCGACGGCUUACCAUGCGCGGCAAGCUGCCUGGGCGCUCAAGAAAUAAGUCACCAGCGUCAGACAUUGAGUUUGAUGCACCUCGUCGAUCGAAUAGAAGCACCCGGCACAAGUACAGCAUGGGUGAUGACGAUGCUUUCGAAGAAGAGUCCCUCUAUUUGGUCCCGGAGAAGCCGAUAGGGCCCCCCAAGGCCAUUUCCAUUCGGGAGGUCUAUCGGCAAAUCGACCCCCAAGCGCCUUUUGCUGCACAUCAUUACGCCGCUUGUCACACUUGUCGCUCGAGUCAAAGCAGCCAGCUAAUAUACUGCCAGGGCUGUAGUCUGACGUACCACAAGAAUUGCAUCGGAUAUCGAAGUGGUCGUGAACACAUCGUCACCAAGGUUGGCGACAGUGAAUUCGUUCUACAGUGCAAGUUCUGCAUUGGUCUGUACGAGAAGAAGGACGUCAACGCACCAAAAUACGAUCGGUGCCAGGGAUGCAAACUGCCCGGCAAGGCCUGCAAAGCCUUUUCGGAGAAGAAAACAUCCCGCCAAGAGGAGAAACUGCGCGAGGAAAACGGCGGCAUAGACCCUGUCACGCAUGUGAACCCGGCUCUCGUUAACAACGGAGAUAUUACCCUGUUUCGCUGCGUCAGGUGUCAUCGUGGUUGGCACUUUGAGCACCUACCGCCCAUUGGGGAGCACUCACCCGCCAACGAUGUGCGAGCUGAGCGUCUCAAGGACUACUCUAUUGAUUGGCAGUGUAACGACUGUAGAACAGCGCGACGCAACAUUCAUAGGCUCGUUGCUUGGCGACCAAGUGAUCGGUUUGUCAAGACGCUGGGAGAGACCGCUUACAACCUGUCCUACUCGGAAGUGUGUGAGGAUGACAAGGAGUAUCUCGUCAAGUUCGAAGGUCAAUCUUACGCCCACUGCAAAUGGAAGGCGGGUGCGUGGGUGUUCGGCAGGGCUGCGACGGUGUCCCGCAAUUCUUUUGCAAAGAAGGAUGCCGAGAAAAGUUUGUUGAUCCGAGAUGAGAAGCAGGCCAUACCUGACGAGUACCUGAUGCCUGAUGUGAUUUUGCACGUCAAGUGGGACAAGUCUGCACCCCGAUUCCAGUCUCGCGCUGAGGAAAUUGCAAACAUUGACUACAUCCAGAAGAUCUUUGUCAAGUUUCAGGGACUUGGGUACGACGACGUCGUUUGGGAUCGGCCUCCAGCCGAAGACAGCGGCAGGGACAUCUACGGCGCCUUCAUGGAAGCCUUUUACGACUAUUUGGAAGGCAAGUACUUCGAACCUGUCUCUCACCGUAAGAUUCAAGAGCGGGUCAAGCAGUACAGGGCCACGCCGUACAAGGAAGUCAAUCAGCAACCCAAGGGCUUACAGCAGGGCACCCUCAUGGGAUACCAAAUCGAGGGUCUAAACUGGAUGCUCGACAAUUUCCAUUGUGGCAUGAGUGUGGUGCUGGCUGACGAGAUGGGGCUGGGGAAAACAGUACAGGUGGUGGCCUUGGUGACUUCGUUGAUCCAAGACCAUCCUCAGAUCUGGCCCUUUCUCAUUGUCGUGCCGAAUGCCACAUGUCCCAACUGGCGUCGCGAAUUCAAGCGUUGGGUACCAGACUUGCGUGUGGUGACCUAUCACGGCGGUCGAGCGCCACAAGAACUGGCAUACAAGUACGAGCUCUUUCCCGAGCGUUCGAGCGACAUGAUGGCGCAUGUGGUGAUCAUGUCCUAUGAUUCGGCCGCCGACCCAAACACCAAAAACCUGUUCAAGAACGUACACUGGCAGGGUCUCGUGGUUGACGAGGGCCAACGUCUGAAGAAUGAUUCAAACCUUCUUUACGGUGCUCUCAAGUCCAUGGGGAUUCCCUUCCGCCUCUUGCUUACAGGCACUCCUCUGCAGAACAACAAGCGUGAGCUUUUCAACCUUUUACAGUUCAUCGACGACUCCCAGAACGCAGCCAAGCUUGAUCAAACAUUCGCAGUCCUCGACAAGGAGACACUACCAAAGCUGCACGAGAAGAUCCGCCCAUAUUUCCUGCGCCGUACUAAAGCUGGCGUCCUCAAGUUUCUUCCACCCAUGGCGCAAAUCAUUCUCCCGGUGUCUAUGACGGUCAUUCAGGAGAAGCUUUCCAAGAGCAUUAUGGCCAAGAAUCCCCAGCUCAUCCAGUCCAUGUUUGCUAACAGCAAGAUGAGUAAAAAGGAGCGCGGAAGUCUGAACAACAUUUUGAUGCAGCUGCGCAAGUGCUUGUGCCAUCCCUUUAUUUACUCGGACGCCAUUGAGGAGCGACACCAUGAUCAAGUCGUGUUGCAACGCAACCUGGUGGAGGCAUCUGCGAAACUUAUUCUUCUACAGAUCAUGCUGCCCAAACUCAAGGAGCGCGGUCACCGAGUGCUCAUUUUUAGUCAGUUUCUACAGCAGCUUGACAUUGUUGAAGACUUCCUGGCCGGUUUAGGGUUCGGGUACCGACGCUUGGAUGGACAAAUCUCCAGUCUCGAAAAGCAACGGCGCAUCGACGCCUUCAACGCAGCAGACUCUGAGCUAUUUGCUUUCUUGCUUUCUACGCGCGCUGGUGGUGUGGGCAUCAAUCUCGCCACUGCCGACACUGUCAUCAUUAUGGACCCUGACUUCAACCCUCACCAGGACAUCCAGGCUCUGUCGCGUGCCCAUCGUAUCGGUCAGAAGAAGAAGGUCCUCUGCUUCCAACUUGUGACGAAGGAUUCGGUCGAGGAGCGCAUCAUGCAAAUUGGCCGCAAGAAGAUGGCCCUCGAUCACGCACUGAUUGAGAGCAUGGACGAUGAUGACCUUGCAGGCGAUGACCUGGAGUCUAUCCUACAGCAUGGCGCCAAAGCAUUGUUUGACGAGAACUACCAAAAGGACGCCAUCGUCUACGACUCGGCGUCUGUUGACAAGCUACUAGAUCGCUCUGUGGUAGAGCAAACCGAAACGACUGAGGAAGGUUCCGGUGACAACCAAUUUUCGUACGCCAAGGUAUGGGCGAACGAGAAGUCCCGAUUCGACAACGCUCUUGGAACGAGUGAGGAAGCGGCGCCCGAGCCACUCAAGUCUAGUGUUUGGGAUCAGAUCCUGGCCCAACGUGAAGAGGAAGCGCGGAAAGAAGCAGAGGCCAAAAAGGAAGUACUUGGCCGUGGUGGUAGAAGGAGAGCGGUGAGUGAAGUUGGGACUCCCCAGGCAGUGUUACGCGAGCUAACUUGCCACGAGGUGGUCGACAACAACGUAAAUGCAGCUGUCGAAGCGGCGGCCCUGUUGGGCCAAGCCGAAGCUGAUUCAGCGGAUUCGUCCGACGCCUAUUCUGGCUCUGACGAAGGUGAGGGAUCCGAAGAUGAAGCUGAUGCUACCAAAGGUAGGAAGCCAAAACAAACCUCCAAGACAAAACCAGCAUCAGCAUCCAUCCCUUCCAACAAAUCAACGCCGCCCAAGAAACGAGCAGCAUCCACUAACAAGCAGAACAAACAGACUCCCAAGACCAAGCCAAUGUCGUGUCCGAAGCGCAAGAUCUCCGGACCGCAGACACAGGCGGCCGCAGUAAAAGCCACAUUGUCAACGGCACCCAAAGUACAGACCCCUCGAAAACGCACAACUACAAAGGGCAGGCAAGCAAUCCCGCCAAAGCAGCUCCCUACCCCGGCCAAAACCCCGUCCCGAGCAACGUCAGCCGCGGCCACAGAGACUCCAACCAAACGCAAGCCGGCGCCAGCUUGCCCUCCCAGGCCAUCGUCCAUGGAAAUGGUAGAGGAGCCCCUGACCCCCGCUUCUGUGGAUACAUCGGAGACAGCCCAGUAA